GUAGUUUCUCAGUUUCCAGAACCCAAAACCCCUGCUCAACUGCAAUUCCCAAAACCCCUGCGCAACCAACGUUUCUACCCUUGCGAAAAUGGGGAAGAAGAAGAGCAAACUCCAAGUUGAAGCCGAAGGUGAAGCUGAACAGCACCAAAAACAACAAGAAGAAUCACCAUUGAAGAGUACCACCGAGCUCAUCAAUGGCGACAUUGAUUCUUCCGAAGCAAAGAGGAAGAAGAAGAAAAGGAAGAAAGAGCAGCAAAAAUCCAAAACCAUCCCGACAGUCAGCAUCGCCAUUCCUAGUACAAUCAUCGGAAACGCUCAGUCUCAUGAACUCGCCACUCGCCUAGCUGGACAGAUUGCUCGAGCGGCGACGAUUUACCGAAUCCACGAGGUUGUGGUAUUUGAUAAUAAUGGGAGUUCAAUGGAUGAUCCUACUACUGUGGGAACGGCGGAAGGGGAUAAAAGUAAUGCCGCGUUUUUUAUUAGAAUCUUACGCUACCUUGAAACACCUCAAUAUCUACGAAAGACUCUUUUUUCGAGACAUAGUUGCUUAAGAUUUGUGGGUUUGUUACCGCCACUUGACGCGCCUCAUCAUCUUCGCAAGCACGAAUGGGCUUCGUAUAGAGAAGGUGUGACUUUGGAAGAAAAGGCUCCCAACUCUGUUGGAACAAUGGUGGAUGUGGGUCUUGACGAGAAUGUUGUUAUUGAUAAAGUGCUUGGACCAGGAAUAAGGGUCACCGUAGCCAUGGGGACUGACCGUAAUUUAAGUACUGGGACAUUACACCAGGUUGUUCAAUCUACUACUCCCAGGGAAGAAGAGGGCAUGUACUGGGGAUAUAAAGUGAGAUAUGCUCCAAAUUUGAGCUCUGUUAUUGACAACUGUUCAUUUGAGGGUGGUUAUGACUAUGUGAUUGGAACUUCGGAGCAUGGCAAAGUUGUCAAAUCAUCUGAGCUUUGUAUACCUGCUUUUAGGCACCUUCUGAUUACAUUUGGUGGCCUUGCUGGUUUGGAAGAGUGCAUUGACAAGGACACUAAAUUAAAGGGAAAAGAUGCAAAAGAGGUCUUCCAUUCAUAUCUGAAUUUAUGCCCCCAUCAAGGGAGCCGUACUAUUAGAUCAGAGGAAGCAGUGUUCAUAGCACUUCAAUAUUUUCAAGAACCAAUUGACCGGUCAUUGCAGAUAGGCUAAGGUCUCUGAUGAUCUUUGUAUUGAACUUGGCUUGUUUCCUUUUUGUUGAAGAGAAGCUAGAAGAACCAGACCGAAACACUUACACAGCCCAAAGGGAAGCUUCUUUGCAUGAAGGAAAACGGUUUGGUGUACAACCGAUGUUUGUAUAUGAAUCAAAAUCAGGGUUCUUGUUAUUUCCUAAAAAUUGAGCAAAUUUUGAGACGAACACUUGUAGUGACAUAAUGUACCCGGAACACUGCUACUUGGUUUCUUGUUAUUUCCUAAAGUUUGUAGUUUUAGGAAAUAUGAAUCAAAAUCUGUUACUUGGAUGUUUGAUUGAGAGAACACUAAAGAAGAUAUUGUAAGGCAAUGAUGUUAAUUUGACUA